UACUACUACAACUACAGUCACUACUACUACUACUACUACUACCACUACUACUACUACUACUACUACUACUACUACCACUACUACUACCACUACUACUACUACUACAACUACAGUCACUACUACUACUACUACUACUACUACUACAGUCACUACUACUAA